UCACCUCCCUCCCCUUCCUCACCUCUCAGCGUCCUCCAUCCUCAUCCUCCACUCCCGCCCCCACCCUACCAGGCUCUUCCCCUCGUUCACACCGGUAGUUGUCAUGGCGAUGGAGUCAGCCCCGGCGUCGGCUCCGGGGGUUGUUGCCAUGGAGAUCCCCGUGCGAGGUGCGCUCCCGGUGGUGGAGGAAGACGAGGACUUCAGCGCGCCGCUGCCGGGGUGCGAGGAGCGAUUAGGGCACCGCAGAGGCGCGGGGAGACGCCGGCGAGGGGUGCCGUUCAACCGGGGCAGCUACUACAUGCUGAUAGUGAUUGGGGAGAUCGGCACCGAGCAUCAGCUGGACACCGCCAGAGCGCAGAUAGAGCGGGGAAUUCGAUCCUGGGACGUCGACCUCAACUGCUGCGACCUUGAUCAGCAGCUGCAGCUGUUUAUAACUCGCCACUCUGCCCACUUCUCCUCCGAGGUCAGAGGACAAAGGACUCUCCACCACAGGAGUGAUGUCUUAGAGACCGUAGUGCUCGUCAACCCUUCAGAAGACGCUGUUUUAUCAGAGAUCCAGUCUUUAGUCACAGACUCAGCAGGACACAAGCUUCUGGUCUUGAGUGGGCAGAGCUCAGAUCACGGUACCCUCCUCCUUCAAACUGGUGUUUUUACCUCCCAGACCUUUUCACGUGUCUUUGCUGAUCCUGGGGUCAGUGAAUUGCUGGGCACAUCAGCCCCCAAGCAGCAGGCUACACUUACUGUGUCCUGCCGCGGGGAGGUGGGCUGGAGCUCCCUGGGACAGCAGCAGACCCUGCGGGAGUUCUUUGAAUACAAACUAAACCCUGAACCUGUUCUGCCCAAGAUGGAGGGCGUCACAGAGUUCACAGAGUACGUCUCUGAAACCGUCGAUGUCCCUUCACCUUUUGACCUCUUGGAGCCGCCCACUUCUGGAGGCUUCCUGAAACUGUCCAAGCCAUGCUGCUACAUCUUUCCGGGCGGAAGAGGAGACUCUGCUCUCUUUGCCGUGAAUGGCUUCAACAUCUUAGUGGACGGAGGCUCCGAUCGAAAGUCCUGCUUCUGGAAGCUGGUCCGCCACUUGGACCGCAUCGACUCAAUUCUCCUCACACACAUUGGCGCUGACAAUCUCCCGGGCAUCAAUGGGCUUCUUCAGAGGAAGAUAGCAGAACAGGAGGAGGAGCAGUCACAAGGCUCCACCAACUAUAGUGACUGGAUGAAGAACCUGAUUUCUCCUGAGCUAGGUGUUGUUUUCUUCAACGUGCCAGAGAAGCUUCGCAUGCCAGAAUCUAAUCUUAAAGUGAAACGCAGCAUUGAAGAGGCCUCGCUUACUUUGCAGUACCUUAACAAACUCGGUAUCAAGCCGGAGCCUCUCUUUCGAGUUGUCAGCAACACUAUCGAGCCCAUUACACUUUUCCACAAGAUGGGAGUGGGCCGGUUAGACAUGUACAUUCUCAACCCCGUCAAAGACAGUAAAGAGAUGCAAUUUUUAAUGCAGAAGUGGGCUGGCAACAGCAAGGCCAAAACUGGCAUUGUGCUGCCCAACGGGAAAGAAGGAGAAAUAUCUGUCCCCUACCUGACAUCAGUCACAGCCUUAGUUGUCUGGCUUCCUGCCAGCCCUACAGAAAAGAUUGUCAGGGUGCUGUUCCCCGGGAAUGCGCCACAAAACAAGAUCCUAGAGGGCCUAGAAAAAUUAAAGCACCUUGACUUCUUGCGCUAUCCUGUAGCCACACAAAAGGACAUUGCCUCAGGAGCUCCUCCCUCUGUUAUAAAACAAACCAAGUUAAAACAAAGAACGGAUAGCAAAGAGAGUCUCAAAUCCUCUCCUAAGACCACUGCAAAGGCCCCAAAGAAAGAAGUCGAGGGGCAGGAUGAUGUGUCAGCCACCACGGAGGCAAAGAGUGACUCUGUGAAAGAAAACAUAUCAGAGAAAAAAGAGGAGAAAAAGCCCACUAAGACUCUAAAAUCUAAAACUGAAGUGCCAGAGAAGAAAAAAAUCAUGAAAGAAAAAUCACUGAAAAAACAUUCCAAGGAACGAGUGUCAAAAAUGGAUGAGAAAAAGGACAAGGAAAAGAAGGAGAUCAAGAAAGUGAAGAAGGAUGACUCUGCCAAAAAAGAUGACAAGAAGGAUGCAAAGUUCAAGGAUGACAAGAAGAAGGACACAUCCAAACCUGAGCUGAGAAAAAUGACUAAGCCUGACCUGAAACCACUUACACCAGAGGUAAGGAAGACAUUACAUAAAGCUAAAGUGUCAAGUAAAGCCAAAACUGGCAAAAGCAAAACAGUGAAGGCUGAACCCGCUGAACCCAAAGCAGAGGAGGCCAAACCUGAAGUUAUACAGCCUGAACCGAUAGAAAAUGGAGCUGUUGAGGGAACAUCUGUUCCCUCCACACCUGAAGACCUUACCAAGGAGUUUGAAGAACUUAAAAAGACUGAAGUUAAAACUGUUUCAGCAGAGCUGGUGGACAGCAAUAAGGUCUCUUCUGAGCCACAAGCAGAAACAGAAGAGAAAAGAAAAGAACACGAAGAAGUGUCUGAAAUCCCACCUGGAACAAAGUCCCCUGAAAAGGAAGCACCAGCCGCAGAAGUCAAAGCUGAAGCUAAAGACGAAGACAAGGAAGUGACUCAGGAGAGAGAACUAGAAGACGCUCAAAAGUUUGAAGAUGAGGGAGCACAAACUCAGGAUGAGGAUGAGGAAGAAGAGGAAGAGCCCCCAGCUGCUGUAAAGAAAAUACAGGAGGAGGUGGAAGAAGACAUGGGAAUAGGUGAGGAGGAAGAUGAGUCAAAAUGGAAGGAGGCAAAAGAUGAAGCGUUUGAUAGAAAACACGAGACAGAGGAAAUGGAGAAAUCAGAAACUCUCUUAGCCAAGGUUGAAACUAAAGAGGAACAACAGAUGAUUCCAUCCAGGGAUGAGAAAGAGGAAGAGGAGGAGGCAGUGGAGAAGGCUGAACUGGAGGAGGUGGAAGAUUUAGAUGUAAUAGCUGAUGAAGAGAUCAAACCUGAACAUAUGGUUGAAAGCAAAACCACAGAAAUUCUGACUGAGGUCAAAGUGGAAGAAGAAGAAGAAGAUGAGGAGGAGGAAGGCUACCUAUCACAUGUUGGAGGGGCUACUGCUCCUAUAACCUCAGUAGCUCAAGGUGCUGCUGCAGCUGAACCCAUGUCCUACAUCCAAGAUGAAACUAUUCCUGGUUACUCUGAAACAGAACAGACUAUCUCUGAUGAGGAGAUUCACGAGGAGGCAGAGGAGAGAAUACCACACCUUCAGUAUGAUGUCGGUGCCUACGACAUCUCUGUUCCAGAUCAGACGGGUUCAUUUGUGAACAUCCACGGCAUGAGGGAGAUGCAAGCUGCAGCCAUGACAGAGAAAGGUUUUAUUCCAGGUGUGCAAGAGCAAGUAUCGGUGUUCACCAACAUCAUCACUGCUCCUCUGGCAGAAGAAGAGCAUGUAUCUUCUGCAACGUCCAUAACAGAGUACGACAAAAUAUCCUCCUUUCCUACAUCUAUCGCUGAAGAUCAGUCGGUGGCAUCCGUUGCAGCACCUCAAUCUGAAGAGCCGCCUAAAACUCCAGUUCCCCUGUCCACUCCGCCUGACUCUACUCAAGGCAAAGAGCAGCCACUUUCUGCAGGAACUCUUUCACCGCCUUCUUUGGAAGAAGACAAACAGUCCAAGUCUCCAUCUGAUGAUCUACAACUUCCUGUUGCAGAAGUGCAAAUGGCAGCUAAGGUUGUAGAUACUCAGGAAGAGGAGGAGGAGCAGGAAGAGGAGGAGGAAGAAGACCAAACUCCUAAUGUUGAAAUUUCACUUGAAAAACUCCAAGAGGGCUACGCUUCAACCCAGUUGUUGCAGGGUAAAGAGAAAGACAUUGAAAAAGUUGCUAGCUUGGGGUCACCUGAAAAGUCUCUACAAGAUCUCAAACCUGACCAUCUACCAGUUGAAGAGGAAAAUAUUGACGCAGUUACACCUAAAGACAUUUCAUCUGUUGUGCCUACUAGACCUUUUGGAUCUGACUCAGUGACUUCAGAGAGCGAAGAGCGUUGCUUCAGUCCGGAUGAUGUCACUGUGAAAAUGGCCUCUCCUCCACAGUCUGGACCCUCAAGCGCAGCUCACUCUCCACUUCGUCAGUCACCAGUGGAAGACAAGAUGAAGGUCUUCCCUGAUUUGGAGCUGCAAAAGCAAGAGGAAUUUGGCGAUAUAGCGACCACAACUGAGGACAAAAAAGGCGCAAAAGAUGAUGCAAAAACUGAGACACAGAAAGAGGUUGAUCAACAGAAAGCAGAUCAGCAUGAAGUAGAAUCUGCAAAAUCUUUGGACAAAUUAUCUGAAAAAGACAUGAAAGAGGCUCCAGUGAUCAAAGACCAAGAAAAAGACGCUUCAUUCCUGCCAAAAGAUGAAGGAAAACAGGCAGAAACUUUACCUGUUGUUGCAGAACCUGUAACAGAUGUACAACUACCAGUUUUAGGGAGCGAUUCACUGGCAUCUGAUGACAGGUUCACAGAGAAAGAACCUAAAGUGCCUGAAACAGGUAAAUUUCCAGACAGGGACAGUCGUUUCCUGGACGACGAUGAUGAUAACAAGAAAGAUGAUGACGAUCAUGAUGAUAAACCUGCAGUUAAAACCAUUAAGGCAGAACAGGAAAUGGAAAAUGACGAUACUUUACAUGCCAAACAAAUCAAGGAAGAACAGAAGCAGGAAUCUGUCAUUCAGGAAGACAUUUCAGCCAUUAAAUCUGUCACAGAUGAGAACACACAGAAAGAGGCAGUGAUAGAUGAUACUUCUGAUGCUAAACCUGUCAAAGAGGAAGUGGCUAAGGACACAUUGACUGUUGAUAUUAAAGAUGAAUACAAGGAGCCAGAAAAAGACUACACCCCAGUGGCCAAAGAAGUAGAGGUAGAAACUGGUGCUCCUGAGGACAAACAACUUACAGAUGAAGAGAAACAGAAAGACGAAACACAAAAAGAUGAUUUUGACCUCAAAACCGCAGGUGAGGUUAAGGAGACAGAGGUUAAAAAGGAGGAUGUGUCUGAUAGCAAGAUUUUAAUGGAGGAGAAGGAAGAGACAGAAAAGAGUGACACCCUUGAUAGUAGCACUUUUAAGAUUCAAGAAAAAGAAGUCAAAGAAAUCCACCUUUUAGAUAUCAAGCCUGAGAAGGAAGACAUGGGGAAAGAGGCAAAGAAAGAAGAUCUCCCUUUCAUCGAGAAGAAAAAGGAGACUGAAACAUCUGAUACUAGUCAAGCCCUCAAAGAUAAUAAAGUGGAAAAAGAGAUGGAUAAGAUAGAUUCUUCUGCUGCCAAGCCCUUUACUGUUGAGCAGAAAGAGGAGAAAAAGGAGAUUUUUGACGUCACUGUUCCUAAAGUCAGCAAAGAAGAAGAAAGUAUUAGCAAAAAAGAUGAAUCAGCCAUAACUAUAAAAGAAGAAAAGGGGCAAGAGAUUAGUAUGGAUAUUACACCAAGCCUUACCAAGUCAGAGGAAAAGGAUGCAACAGUGUGUAAAGAUGACUCUGUGCCUAAACCAGCCACAGAAAAGCUGGAAAAGGAGAAAAAAGAAAGUGAAAAAGAGAGUGAUGACACCAUAUCUCCCAGGGAACUGGCUAAAGAUAUAACAACAAACAAGGACGACGCUUACAUCUUCACACCCACUGUAGAAGAGGAGAAGAAGGAGGACAUAUGUAAAGAUGAGACUCCUCCUGCUAUUAAACCUACCUUGGCAGAAGAAAAAGAUAAACUUACAAGUAUAGAUGAAAUUUCUGCUGUUAAACCAGCAGUUGGAGAAGAAAAGCAACAAGAGGAAAGUAAAGAAGCUGCCACCAUUAAACUUACCGAGAUGGAAAAAGAGCACCUGACCGUAUCUAAAGUCGAUACUGUCUCUGCUACACCAACUGAAGUAGACACAGAGAAAACAGUUCAGACCGUCGAACCAGUUGUAGAAGAAGAAAAGGAACAAGUAUUGAGUAAAGACGUAAGUCCUUCUGUCAUACCCGCCAAGAUGGAGGAAGAGGAUGUAAUGAUGAGCAAAGAGAUUCCUCCUGUCAAAACAAGCACAGAGAUUGUUAUAGCUGGUGCUACACCAACAGCGCAGGACGAAAAAGACAAAGAAAAUGGUAAAGAUAUUUGUGCUGCGGAAUCAGCCACAGAAGAAGGAAAAAGGAAGACGACACGUGAGGAGGAAAUACUGACUGUCAAACUGUCCAAGGAAGAAGAGACAAUCCAGGAUCAUAGUGUUGCUAUCGAACCAAUCAAGAAAGAAGAAAAAGAUACAGACGCUAUUAAAGAUGUAAUUUCUGAUGCAAAACCCUCCAUAGUGGAGGAAACCAAAGACACAACUGGUGUCAAGUCCCUCACAGACGAGGUAAAGGAGGCUGAACUUAGAGAUGCUCCAUCAGAUGUAAAACUCAUCCAGGAAGAGGCAAAAGAAAUACCAAAGGAGGAAACUUGUGAUAAAGAUAUUAAAAAAGAGGAUGAACAGAUUAUUUCUGAAGGGGCACCCAUAAAGGAGAUAAAGGAAAAAGACACUGAUGAUGCCAACUUUCAACCCAUUGAGGAUGACAAAGUUGUGGAAAAAAGUGACAUUUCUGAGAAACAAAAAAUAAAGCAGGAGCCUAAAGAGCAGGAGAAGGGUGAUACUGAUGACCACAAAGCUAUUUUGGAAGAUUUGAAGGAUAAAGAAACUGUUAAGGAUGAUGCAACAAAAGAGAAAGAAGCCGACACCACUGACGAGCAACCCACAGAUCCAAAAAAACCAGAACCAUCUAAAGUUGAAACCAUUAAGGAUGAAACAAAAGACACGGUCAAACAUCACAUUUGUGAUGCAGAAUCUAUCAAACAGGAACCGGAGAAGGAGGUGUACACUCCAACAGUUUCUAAAGAAGAGAAGGAAAUGAAAGAUGAUUUCCCUCUUGAGCCAGAAUCUAAGAAAGAUGAUGAAAAACUAGUAGGUCUUUCACAGACCCAGACCUUGGAAGAGGAGAAGACUAAGAAAGAUUAUGUUUUUGAUACUAGUGAUAAACAUGGAGUGACCUCUGAUAAGCUUCCUGAAGCAGAUAAGAAGGAUAUUUUUGGAGCUGCAUCAGUCGAAAAGCAGCCAGACUCUUUGGCAGCAACAUCAGUAAAAGAUGACAUUUGUAAAUCUCCCGACCAAAUUUUAGAGGAUAAAAAAGAAAAAGACAUAGAAUCAGGGGUCAUUGCAGGUGUUGAAGACAAGAUGGAAAAAGAAAAAGAUGAUGCACAUGUUGCGGAACUGAGCAAAGAACAGAAAAUGGAAAAAGAGCAAGAAAAAGAAUACACAUACGAGCCUGAAGGCAUCACAGAAGAAAAGAAAGAGACAGCAGAGGACAAAAAGAUGAUUAAAGAAAAGGAUUCUGCCAGCGCAAAGACCGAUGAGAUCUCAGAGAAGGAAAAACAAGAUGUCUCUGAUGCAGACCACACCAAAGAGGAGAAAUGGGAGAAAGAGGAAUUACAGGAGAAGGACAUGGACAAAACCAUUAAACAACCUGCUCUGGUGCUAUCUGGAGAGGAAGUAUCAGCAUCCAAGUCAGAGUACAAACCUGCAUUUGUGGUUCAGUCAUCUGAUGAAGACAGAGAAGAUGAAGAGGAUGAAGACAUUUGUAUGGGAGGAGCAGGUUCCAGACCUUUGUCAGUGGAGCCUAGAAAAUCUGACCAUGACAUCUCUUCUGCAGGUUUGCCUUUAACCCAAACGGUACAGACGGGUGACCAAACAAAAACACCUACGUCUCAACAGCCCACAGUGAUUAUACCUACACUUACAAUGCAGGAACCCUCUAUGGAUGAGGACUUCAAAGAGUUUGGGAAAGAGGAGUCCGUGCUUUUCCUUGAAGCAGACAAAAAUAUUGCAAAAACAGAAGCUACACCUGCACCACUCGCCAAGCCAGAGCCAUCCUUUGAUAUUCCCACAUCAAAGGAGACAACCUCUGCCAGAACAGAACCAGUGUCAGACUCAUCUGAGAAAAAGCCAGCACUGUCAGCAGUAUCAAGCACAGACAGCCAACCUAUGAGCUACACACUUUCAAGUACUGAAAGCCAAUCUAGCGUGGAGGAAAUGCCACAUCAAGAGAAACAGAUGCCAGCUGAGGUGAGCUCAGGAAUCCAAAGUGCUCCAGAGAAGACAAAACUGGAUGAGAAACCAGUAAAAGAAUCAGAGAGAGAGAUGGAAGGAGAACGAGAGGUGGCCUCUCCGGGAUUAUCGCAGCCUUGUUCGUAUUUUAUGCUGGACAAAGAUUCUGAAGAUGUCAGACGCGCUGCUGGACCAGCAAAGGUGGAAAGUGAAAAACUGAGCACAGAGGAGACUGUCAGUGGAAGACUUGAAGACGAGAAGCACAGCUUUGGCGCCUCUAAGUACGAUCCAUAUGAAAAACCUAUUCCAGGAGAUCACGAUUUGGACUCACGAGAAGGCAGUGAAGUUUCUCUUGGUUUUGACCAUGCUUCUGACAUCUGCAUUGAUGAUAACAGAAGAUCGAGCCAGGCAGAAGCUGGAGGAGCCAUGUUCCUUCUGGAUGAUCAGUACAAAGAAGAACCUCUCUCAUUCAGCAGAGUCGACUACAGCCCAGUUUCCCUCACAGAGAGCGAGCGAAGCAGCCACCACAGUCGAAGUGCCUCCCCAAGAUAUGAAGACCGUGAGAAAGGCCAAGAGGAAGAGAGUGAGAGAGAAGAAAGGGCUGACACACCAUAUGUUGACAAAAGCUUUUCAGUUUUAGAGGUGCAAGACAACAAAAUGUCCCAAGCUGCUGAGGCCUAUUCUUUCACUCCAAAAGAAGACAAACCAGAGAAGUCAGAAAAAGAGAAAGAUGACAUAAAGGAAGGUGCUGCAGCAGCCUUUCAAACACAGGCACCAGUAGAAAGUGAUUUAGAGUCCAGCAGUGCUGCUCUUCAGUCAGCAGGCGUAAGACAAGAAAUACCCUCUCCCUCAUGGAGCCAGACAGAUCUUGGUGCACAAGCAUCAGGUACUGCUUCACCUUUUGGAGAAUUCAGAGAAAAGGAAGCAACAGAAAAAGACAAAGAAAAAUCUGAGGAGUCACUCAAAGACAAAACUGACUCCUGUGACCAUAAAAAGAGAGGGAUCUCCAUCUGGUCGGUACUCGCCUGCAGAAAAAAGACAUUUUACCUCAGCAGCCAUCGGUGUUAGAGAGAGAGGAUGCAUCAAGUGAUUCAAGGAGUCCCUCUUCGGCCACAUUUAUAGGACAUGAAAUUGAUGAUAAUGUUUUGGCAUCUGAUUAUAGUGAAGUUAGCAGUUCUGCUACAUCUAAAUCCUUAAGUUGUGCCGAAGGAAAAGAGAGCCUGAUAGACAAAAGAUUACUUGUUGAGGGAGAAGAUUUUAACGUUGAUGAUGAUGAAGAUGAAGAUGAGGACGAUGAGGAGGAGGAAGAAGAGGAAGAGUCAAGUGACAUAGAUAUGGAAAAAGGUGCGAGAGAACAGUCUGAGAAGGAAAUGUGCAGACGUAGCUCUGGUGACAGUGCUGGGUUAGCAGAGGUAGAGGACUCAAAUAAAAAGUCACAGGUCCCUGACUCAACUAAAGAGGAGACUGUAUGUAAGAUGACACCUGAUGAUGCCUCAGCUUUUAAAGCCAUGGAUAAAGAGGUCCAGGAUGUAAGUAAAAAAGCACCUGAACCAAAACCAAUUAAAGAGGAGGACACUGUUAGUGAUACAAGCGCAUCCAAACCUCCUGAAGCAGCAAGUAAAGACGAAGGCAGAACAACUUCAUCAACAGACACAUGUGCACAGAAAAUAGAUGAAACCUCUGUUGCUCCAACGGUUACACCCAAACAUACUGAAGAAAUAAAAUUAGAGGAUACUGACAAAAAGCAUCUGUCCCCUGAGCCAUCCACAAAGAGGAGGUUGUCGUCAGCAGAGGGUGUUUCUUCAUCUGAUGUACUAGAAUCAAAAAAAGGAGUUGAAGAUAAAGAGUCUCCAUCACCAGAGUCAAGUCUUUCAACAAAGGAAACCUGUCACCCGACAUCCACGAGUAGCUUAACUGGCAGCUCUUUGGCAACAGACCAAACUGAUUCCAUGUCAAAGCCUACGUCCAGUCCAUCCUCACCGCUAACAGGUAGCUAUGCUGAUAUUGGACAUAGUAGGUAUGAGAGUUACUACAGUGAAGAGAAUCGAGUAGGAUUGAAGGAUGACAGGAAAGACACCCUUGUGCUCUCAGAUGCCUCCCAGCUAUCCCAGCAAAGUGAGGAUAAGUAUUUCAGCCAAAGAGAUGUCCAAGAAGGAAGUCAAGACGUGAGGCAUACUUCUGGUAUCACAGAAAAACACGAGGACUCUACCUCAUCACCUUGCCCUUACACAAGCUUAACAUACUCCGCUUCGACGUACUCCUCAACAUCGUACAGUUAUUCAUAUUCAGGGUCUACCCAUCUGAGCCAAAAGCUGGGAGGCAAAGAUGAACCUUAUAAAUUAUCAACCUCUGAAGUAUCUUUGACCAAAGAGGAACCAUCGACUGCGGCAGCGUCAACAAGUUCCUGCUUUGGAGGGUUUCAAAGAGAUGAGUACAUGGAGGUGAUGACAAAACCUGAAACAAAAGAGUCCUUGCCCAGUCAGUUUGAAGAGAGCAAACCAUCAUCUCCAGGCUUGUCUACUACUGCC